CUACCAGCAAAAGCAAAAUGGCUGACCGCAUGUUACAAAAGACGUCAGUCUAUUUCGCAAACUGACAAAUACCCAAUCCAAAUGAUUUUUCCUUAGUUUUAGUUAGUUAAUUAUUUAUUUAUUGUUGUGUUGUGUGUUAUUAAAGUGAUAAAAAAUGUCGGGCGAACGAGAGAUUCCGGCAGAAGACAGUAUUAAAGUGGUGUGCAGGUUUAGGCCUUUGAAUGAUUCAGAAGAAAAAGCAGGCUCAAAAUUUAUUGUCAAAUUUCCGUCAGGACCUGAGGAAAACUGUAUAUCAAUUGCGGGUAAAGUUUAUUUAUUUGACAAAGUAUUUAAGCCAAAUGCAACCCAAGAAAAAGUUUACAAUGAGGCAGCUAAGAGUAUUGUAUCAGACGUUCUUGCUGGAUACAAUGGUACAAUUUUCGCGUAUGGUCAGACGUCGUCAGGUAAAACACACACAAUGGAAGGUGUCAUAGGUGAUCCUGCUAAACAAGGUAUAAUUCCACGAAUUGUGAAUGAUAUAUUCAACCACAUCUAUGCCAUGGAAGAAAACUUAGAGUUCCAUAUAAAAGUUUCCUAUUUUGAAAUUUACAUGGACAAAAUCAGAGAUUUGUUAGAUGUUUCAAAGGUGAACCUGAGCGUCCACGAAGACAAAAAUAGAGUUCCUUAUGUGAAAGGGGCUACAGAGAGGUUUGUAUCCAGCCCCGAAGAAGUUUUCGAAGCCAUAGAAGAAGGAAAAUCAAAUCGACACAUCGCUGUUACAAAUAUGAAUGAACAUUCUUCUAGAUCACAUUCUGUUUUUUUAAUAAAUGUUAAACAGGAAAAUUUGGAAAACCAAAAGAAAUUGUCGGGAAAGCUGUAUCUUGUUGAUUUGGCCGGUUCGGAAAAAGUAUCCAAAACAGGAGCUGAGGGUACUGUCCUUGACGAGGCGAAAAACAUAAACAAGUCCCUGUCAGCGUUAGGAAAUGUGAUUAGUGCCCUUGCCGAUGGAAACAAAACCCAUAUUCCUUACAGAGACUCCAAACUAACUCGUAUCCUUCAGGAAUCGUUGGGUGGAAAUGCUAGGACGACAAUAGUUAUUUGUUGUUCUCCUGCUAGUUUUAAUGAAGCUGAAACUAAAUCCACCCUCGAAUUUGGCAAAAGAGCAAAGACAGUAAAGAACGUCGUCUGUGUAAACGAAGAGUUGACAGCAGAAGAAUGGAAGAGAAGAUACGAAAAGGAAAAGGAAAAGGUGGCACGACUCAAGGGAAAGUUGGAAAAAUUAGAAACCGAACUUGCCCGGUGGCGUGCUGGAGAACAAGUCAAAAUCGAAGAACAGGUUAAUCUUAAUGAAGAAGCAAGCACUCCAGUCAAUACUCUGGAAGAAAGUACUACCACUAUUAAAGAUCUCGGUCCUGUACCUGCCACUCCUGCCCUGAUGAUUGCCUCGACAAUGAGUAGCGAAGAAAGACAAAAAUUAGAACAAGAAAGAGAAAAGCUGUACCAGCAGUUGGACGAAAAAGACGAAGAAAUCAAUCAGCACAGUCAGAUUAUCGAGAAGUUGAAGGAACAAAUGUUAGAACAGGACGAACUGAUUGCUGCCACACGAAAAGACUACGAGGCUUUACAGGCCGAGAUGAAUCGUAUUCAGCAAGAGAAUGAAAAUGCCAAGGAAGAAGUUAAGGAAGUUCUUCAAGCUCUUGAAGAACUUGCCGUUAACUAUGACCAAAAGUCUCAGGAAGUUGAUGCCAAAAACAAAGAAAUGGAAUCUCUCUCGGAAGAACUAAUGCAAAAGCAAGCAUCUCUAAAUUCUACCUCAUCUGAACUUCAGCAGCUCAAAGACAUGAGUACGCACCAAAAGAAACGCAUAACCGAAAUGCUCGCCAAUUUACUGAAGGAACUUGGCGAGAUUGGUACCACCAUAGGUGGAGAAGGACCCGAACUUAAAGUUUCCAACGAUGCCUCCAAACUGGAAGAAGAAUUCACUGUAGCCAGACUGUACAUUUCGAGAAUGAAGACCGAAGUUACCAAUCUUAUCACACGCCUUCACGAAAUCGAAGGAUCACAACAGGAUAGUAACAGGAAGGUGACCGAAUAUGAAAAAGAAUUGAGCGAAUGUCGACUCCUUAUUUCUCAACAUGAGGCUAGAAUGAAGAGCCUGCAAGAGUCAAUGAGAGAAGCGGAGAACAAAAAGAGAAGCCUCGAAGAGAGCAUAGACGCCUUAAGAGAAGAAUGCGCCAAGUUAAAGGCAGCUGAACAGGUUCAAAGUGUCAGCGAAAGUGAGAAGAAAGAAGCUGCUCAGUUAAGGGCUGCUUUGGAACAGCAAAUGGACCAACUUAGGGAUGCCCACCAGAAACAAGUAGCUGCACUUCGUGAUGAAAUUGCAGAGAAGCAGUCGCUUAUCAAUGACAUCAAAGAUUCAAACCAGAAGUUGCUUCUUGCUCAGCAGCAGUUGCAGUCCGACUAUGACAAAUUGAAGGCCGAAGAGUCCGAGAAGUCGAACAAGCUACAGGAAUUAAUUGCUACCAACGAGCGUCGUGAACAGGCGCGCAAGGAUCUCAAAGGACUCGAAGACACUGUUGCCAAAGAACUUCAAACGCUUCACAACCUGAGGAAACUUUUCGUCCAAGAUCUACAGGCUCGUAUUAAGAAAGCUAUGACAUCAGAUGAUAAUGAAGAGGACGGUGGUUCGUUGGCCCAAAAACAAAAGAUUUCGUUCCUCGAAAACAAUUUGGAUCAAUUGACAAAAGUGCACAAGCAAUUGGUUCGUGAUAACGCUGACCUGCGGUGCGAACUUCCCAAAUUGGAGAAACGUCUUCGAGCCACCAUGGAGCGUGUGAAAGCUUUAGAGUCCGCCCUGAAAGAGGCCAAAGAGGGAGCCAUGCGCGAUCGCAAGAGGUAUCAAUAUGAAGUUGAUCGAAUCAAGGAAGCUGUUAGACAAAAGAAUUUGGCCAGACGAGGUCCCAUUCCACAAAUAGCGAAGCCUAUUCGUGCCGGUCAGCAACAUCAUCCUUCUAUCACAACCGGUGGACGAGCCAUCAACGCUGCUCAGAGCAUUCCGAAAUCCUUAGAUGAUCAAAAGCGAGCACUUGUUGUUGGAGCAAAGGAGUAAAACCGACAACCGGUGUCUUAAGAUCGAAGGUGCAUUAUUUAGGUGUAAUGGAAAGAAAAAAGUUAAAUAUAAUAAAACCAAAUAUGUUGCUUACACAUCUGUUCAUGGAAGGUUGCUGUUUGAAAUUUUCGGUUUUGGUAGCAAACUAUUUUAUUUUCGUGGUGAGAAUUUCGUGCAGCAACUGCGAUAGUGCUUAUUUACUGCUUUUAAUCUCUUCUCUAUUAGAAUAUAAGAUGCACUUGGCAUUGUUUUAUGAACAAUUAAGCAAACAAGGUAAUUUUUAAAAAGGAGUGUAUAUUAUAACUGUCUACAAUAAUUGUUAUUAUUGUAGUUAUUCACACACUAUUAAUUUAAUUUAUGAAAAUAAUAUUAAUUUUUGU